CUCUGAUUGGUCAGUGCAGCAUUUCAGUACAGUGGAAGCAUCUACUAUAUUGCAGAUUUGAGGCGAGAGGAAUCUUUCGCAUUUAUUUUUCUUUGUCUGACUAUGUUAUGCGUUCAUAGACCCUCGCGCAGACGUCGUGCGGUUUUCAGGUGAUCAUGCAGCACCUGAAUCAUAAAGGUUUCCUGAUGUGUUCUGGUGUCAGUUCCACUAACACCGCAUGGCUGUAAUGUGACAAUGCGCUGUCUGGUGUCUCGAAUCAAUCACAAGACUCUGAUAGUCAUCUGUGCUGUAUUUGCCCUCAUCACUAUACUGCUGUGGAACAAGUGCUCGAGUGACAAAGAACUGACCACACAGAUCAGACCUCAGCUGGAGUUUGCGCCCACCCCGGAAAAGGAGGAGGAUGAAGAGGAGGACAACGGGCAGGCCCCCGAAGCCCCACCUGGAUCCAGAGAAGUCAUUUAUGAGCAGAUCGACUGCCUCAUCAAUGAAGAUGUGAUCAUAAAAGGCCGUAGGGAAGGGGGCGAGGUGUAUCUACCCUUCAGCUGGGUGGAACGGUACUUUGACGUCUAUGGACGUCUCGUGCAGUAUGAUGGGACGGAACGGUUUGAGUUCUCCCACAGUUACUCCCGGGUGUACGCCCAGAGGGAGCCUUACCACCCAGAUGGUGUCUUCAUGUCUUUUGAAGGCUACAAUGUGGAGGUGCGGGAUCGGGUGAAAUGCAUCAGUGGUGUGGAAGGUGUACCAAUAUCUACCCAGUGGGGUCCUCAGGGGUACUUCUACCCCAUCCAAAUAGCCCAGUAUGGGCUGAGCCACUACAGCAAGAACCUCACAGAGAAGCCACCUGACGUAAAGAUCUAUGGCACGUCAGAGGAAAAAGAGGGCUCAAGUCCGUGGGUCGUCCCUAAGGGUUGCACGCUCUCCAAGCUCCAGGAUCAAGGUCGCUCUGGGCUUGCGCACCAUUUUGUCACAGCGGAGAACUCCGAUGGUGUGUCUUUGGUCUUGGACAACGCGAAAGAUUUCGUCCUGACCUUUGAUGUGAAGUUUAUCUCCAACGGUAGUGUCUCUGUUGUUCUGGAGACCACAGAAAAGGGACCUCCUUACAUUAUCCAUUACAUAACUAGCCCACUCCUUCUUUCCUUUAAAGCCCGAGAGGUCACAUAUGGCAUCGGCCCCAGAGCCACCUGGAGCUCCGUCAGUCGUGACUUAGUGACGGAUUUGCGUAAAGGUGUUGGUUUGUCCAACACUAAAGUGGUGAAGGCGACCAAAAUCAUGCCUCGCCGUGUGGUCCAGCUGGUUCUUCGAGGGUCUGGAUUCAUCAGCAAUAUCACCGUGUCUUCCACCGCACACAUGGCUGCCUUCUUUGCUGCCAGUGAUUGGCUUCUUUAUAACCAGGAUGAGCACGGAGGGUGGCCGAUCAAGGUGACCCGUAAGCUCGGAGAGGGCUUCAAGAGCUUAGAGCCCGGAUGGUACUCCGCCAUGGCCCAAGGCCAAGCCAUGUCAACGUUAGUGAGGGCGUACCUGGCAACUCAUAACCCUGCAUACCUCGGCGCCGCAAUCCGAGCGACAUCCCCCUUCAAGAGGACUUCAGAACAACGUGGCGUCAAGGCUACAUUCAUGAACAAGUACGACUGGUAUGAGGAAUACCCCACAACGCCCAGUUCGUUUGUUCUUAACGGCUUUAUCUACUCUCUGAUCGGGCUGUACGAUGUGGCGGAGACGGCAGGCAACAAGCUUGGUCGAGAAGCGGGCAUACUCUUCAGUCAAGGACUGGAGUCACUCAAGUCCAUGUUGCCAUUGUUUGACACAGGCUCUGGAACGGUUUAUGACCUGAGACACUUUACCCUUGGCGUUGCCCCUAAUUUAGCACGCUGGGACUACCACACUACUCACAUCAACCAGUUGCAACUGCUCACAUCAAUCGACAGCGCCCCCAUUUUCAGGGAAUAUGUGAAACGCUGGAAGACUUACCUGAAAGGAGGCCGGGCAAAGCACAACUAGACAUGCUCAGAGGGCAGUUUUAUAUAAAGAUCUGAACUAUUGUUUGAGAAUGUAGUAAACUGAGAACAAGCGUUUUUACUUUUCACAGAAAAGGGUGCAUAUUGUAUCCGACUUGAUUGCUUUAAAGUGUCAUUAAUGAAGCGCUUGAGUUGUUGUAUGGGCUUUAAGAAUAUUUAUUUCCAAAAUAUCAUAGUAUAUUUGAAUGUAAGAAGCAAUGCACAGUUAUUUACACACCUUUGAAGGAAGCACAGAAGAUUUGCUUUAAAAAUGACUUUAUCUUAAUCAAUGCAUACAGUUGGUAAAUGUGAGUAGUUGCACUAAGGAUUGUGUGUUAAUUCAUCUAUGAAUAGGUUAUGCUGUAAAAAAAAGUUAUAGUAAAAUACAUUAGAAAUGUUUUAGAAUUAUUUGCUCUUUGUAUUUUAAAGCACAAUCCUAUCAUAGGUCAUCAAGAUUUGAUACAGUUGCACAGUGCACACUUUGAAUUGUUUUUAAGUAUGUAAUUAUUUAAAGCUUAAAUAAAUGUGCUAUUUUAAA